UAUUAUCAUAACCUUGCUCACUAAAACCAACAUCCUUCGAACGCAGGGGUCAGACAUCAUCCACUAUGUUCCUUCCACAUAGCGGCUGAUAUCUGGACUCCUGCGUUCGGAGGAUGCGAAUUUAUAUGAAUUUAUUGUUCUUAUUUCUUUAAAAUUGUCACACGUGUCCGUUAUAAACCGUGUCUAGUACCUCUCUAAAGCGUUCAUUAUGAGCUAAGUAAUCUAUUUACAAAAUAUAUAGGCCUAUAUAUUUUGAGUAAUCAAGAAACCUUAUGCUAAAAUGGCAUGGAAUUUAACUAUCAAAUUUUCACCCUUUCAAAAAUAAACAUCAUAAUAAACAACGUCAUUUUUUCAGUCUUACUAAAUUUUCCCAUAGUAGUUGUAUAGUUAGUAACAAGGCACAAAAGUAUCAGAAUAAUUUAAUUAUCGUAUCACUGCUUAUUAAAUUACUGACGAGACACCGUGUAUACUGCAGGUAUUAGUUUUUAACUUAUGAUUUAUUAACUUUUAACUUAUAAUUCAUUAACUUAUCUAUAUUGUAUUGUAUCUUUAAGUAGUAAGUUGCGUCAUCAACGAAAUGUUGGAAAUCUUCAAAUUACGCUCAUGUCAAUAAUCAAUACAUGUAAUCAUAGAGUAAGUUAUAUGUAUUGUUCUGUAAAGGAUAUACAGGGUGUUCGCUGUAUUAGCUACACUUCCCUUCCAAUGCCAUCUAUACAAAUCUGAAUUAAAAUGCACUAUUAUUUAAACCACCCGAAGCCACAUAAAAAUGAAAUUUAGCUUAAAGAAAGAACUUUCAACUUACAUGCAACCAAAUAUUACGUUGAAGUACUGUAGUUGCUGUAUCAAUUUGUUUUAGAAAUUAUUUUACCUAUUUGAGUUAAUAAGUGGGUUAUUUUUUCAUUUAAUUAAGCGAUAUUUUGCUCCACCCUGUUUAUGUCUUAACCUGUAUAAAUGCACGUAAGCCUUUAUUUUGAAUACAUUGAAGCAGAUGAAUUGAACAUUGGUUGACUGGCGCUUAAAAGAAGCAUUACAUUUAAAAACACUGGCUUACUAUACAUUCUAAAAUAUUUUAGUAUAGAAACCUUUAUUUUAGCUCUUGAUCCUGUGUGAGUCGGUACAAUAACUGCGAGGGAUGAUGAGAGCGUGCGUAUGUUUUACACAAUUCACAUUAAACUGUAUCUAUUACUUGUGUCUUGAAAUAACUAUUUAUGCAACGCUUGCACAUUGCACUGACACAGGAUAGAAUAUCAGUACUUAUACAAUAAACGAAGAUAAUCACAGACACAGUUCGAAAAGAACCACAAUACAACAUUCAAGAUCGAAUAAAGAAAAAUAGUAAUUAUAAUAUAGCCUUAUCACAAUGGCACUCGUUAAUAGCACAACCAGUUUACAUACAUUAGGACUGAAUCAAGCAGCCGAGAAAUGUCCAAAAGGAAAACAAAUCACUACGCAUGGUGAAAAUAGGAAUGCUUCAUUGGGCCCAUAUGAAGAUGCUGCAAAAUCGAAUGUUCAUUCGGAUGGAUUGAAAACAAAGAUCGUAAAGACCGCUAGUCUGUAUAUUGCGUUCAUAGGGCUGGGCAUCACUCUUUCCGUACUAGGACCUACCGUUUUAGAUCUAAGGGACAAAACUGGCGUAACAACAUCUGAAAUAUCUAUCGUUUUUACGGGUCGAUCUCUGGGCUUCCUGAUGGGAUCAAUAAUAGGUGGCGCUCUGAUAGAUCGUUUCAAUCAGACAUUGGUUAUCGCAUUCUCACUUCUUCUCGGUGCAGUCGCCGUGACGAUCACCCCAUGGUUUACCCAACUAGCCCUCGUUGUAACAGCAUUGGGAUUUCUGGGGAUAUCUAGUGGAAUACUGGACACAUGUGGGCAAGUGUUUCUGCUUCUAGUUUGGGAGAGCAAAAUUGGACCAUACUUCCAGUUAUCUCACUUCUUUUUCGGCAUUGGCUCAUUCAUUGGCCCACUCUUGGCCAAGCCUUUUAUAUCUAGCUACCGUAGUAAUGCAUCAACAAACAUUACCAAUGGCAAUUACCAUAACAAUCAAGCAUAUCAGAGUAUGUACAACAACAGUUACCAUGGUAACUAUAUUUCAAAUUCAUUUGGUUACCAUGGCAACAACAAUACCAUUGAAUCAGAGGCCUUACAAAGGAGUGAUGAGAGUCGCAAAUAUAUCAAUAUAACAUCUACAACAGGCUACAACAUAACUGAAAAAAUGGAUGAGAUAAAACCACUGGAAUUAAUGACGGAAUCGAAUGUGGAGUAUGUGUACUUGAUCAUUGGGAUCUUACAUCUUUUCAUGGCAGUCGUAUUCUUUGGUAUAACUUUACAAGGGAAACGGACAUUAAAAGCCCUUGAAUACAAAACUGAUUCAAGUCAUGGCAAUAAAGAGACAAAGAGCAGACUAUACAGUUUACAAAUACUAUGUCUGUUGUUUAGUUUUUUGUAUUGUUACGGAGGAAUUGAGUACAUCAUCGGAGGACUUUUGAUGACGUUCUUAAAUGUUGCACUUGGGUGGAGCAAAGAAACAGGAACAGUCAUAACAUCAGCUUUCUGGGGGGCCUUCAUGCUUGCUCGUUUGAUAGCGGUCCCAUUAACCAAGAUGAUCUCAUUCACAAAACUUCUUCUGAUAGACACAUUCCUAUUGGCAGCCUCCAUUGUUGGACUGUUAAUUUUUGUGCAACAUCCAAUCGCGGUUUGGGUGUGUAUCAUUACCGCAGGGUUAAGCAUGGGAACAGUGUUUGCGUCCAUAUUAUCCUGGAUUCAAAACAAUGCGAUGCAAGUCACUGGAGUUGUAGCGGGAACAGCGCUGGCAGCGGCAUCUAUCAGCGGAAUGACCCUCCCACCAUUGGUCAGCUAUUUAUUCCCAAGUACCUAUAUGGUUUUUGUAUAUACCAUUCUUGUACUGAGUUUUUUGUUGAUUAUCAUAUUCGCUAUUCUUUAUAUUACAGUGUUUAUACAUCGUAAAAAUGAACGAAAGAUUUAUAAUAGAAAUAUAUACACAUCUGUGAGCAUGACUGAUAAGAGUUUACCAGCAUAAAAAUAGUCUAUAAAAGGUAGCACGAAUAAUAACAAACAGCUUAUCUUGAAUUUUAUGUCAUGUGAAUACAAUUGUGAGAAACACUCAGAAAUGAGUCAUUUAAUCUGCUUUGGAAAAUGUUUGAUCUCAUUUUUUCUAAAUCAAAUGUGUUCUCAGAAUGUGAAAUGGAAACAGUUUCAGUUCUAGAUUUUAAUUAUCCCAUACAUUUGUUCUCUCAUUUUUCAAAAGCUCAUAUUAUGCGAAAAUCUCAACAUGAACACACUUAGCUAACCCAAGCAAGCAACACUCAGUUUAGACAAGUUUGACUGUACAAAAUAAUAAUGCAUUUGUUUUGAAGUAAUUAAUGUAUACUUUAUUGAUGUUGUUAUAUUUGUAUAUCUUAUUCUACAAAUCAACUCAGUAUAACUUAUGAAGAAUUUCAUGAACUUUAUCUUCUGUAACUAUGAGAAAUAUUUGAAAUGAACAAUGCAAAGCGAAGGAGUGCAGCAAGGGAUAAUGUAAUCAGGCAUGAAGUUGACACUAUAAAUUGUAUAGAAAACAAGGAAUUUCAUUCAAACUGAGAGAAAAACAUAACAAAAUGUGUCAAGAGAAAAUAUAGGCA